AAUUAGCCAGAGAAAGAGAGAGAGAAGGGGUCGCGUUAAGGCACAGAAGCUUUAAAUGCGAGUUGGUUGAUUGUAGCUUCCUUUCAAUCUCCUCCUCCUAAUGCUUAUGGACUAAGCAUUGCACAAGAGCGCGUUUUUUAUUCUUGUUGAUAUAGAUGGAUUUUGCGCCGAAUCCGUGCCCUUUGCGUUCUUCUUCGUUCGUGAAUCUCGUUGAGAGGAUUAAACAGCUUGGUACCCUCGCCGUUUCUGCAGUCAUUGGGAACAUCUUCUCCGCGAUCUUGACCUUCUGCUUCGCAUUAGUUGGCACUUUGUUGGGGGCCUUGACUGGAGCUUUGAUAGGACAAGAAACUGAGAGUGGCUUCAUUCGAGGGGCUGCUGUUGGUGCCAUAUCAGGAGCCGUUUUCUCCAUUGAAGUGUUUGAAUCCUCUCUUGUUCUCUGGCAAUCUGAUGAAUCUGGGAUUGGUUGUGUCUUAUACUUGAUUGAUGUUAUUGUCAGCUUACUGAGUGGGAGACUUGUGCGUGAGAGGAUUGGUCCGGCCAUGUUUAGUGCUGUUCAAAGUCAGAUGGGUGCUGUUGAAACCAGCUUUGAUGAGGUUCAAAACAUCUUUGACACCGGUGGUUCCAAAGGUUUGUCUGGAGAUUUGGUUGACAAAAUCCCCAAAAUAAAAAUUACAACUGAUAACAAUGUUGAUGCAUCUGGUGAUAGAGUUUCUUGUUCAGUUUGCCUGCAGGACUUUAUGCUUGGAGAGACAGUAAGAAGCUUGCCUCAUUGCCAUCACAUGUUUCACCUACCUUGCAUAGAUAAGUGGCUCUUCAGACAUGGUUCUUGCCCAUUAUGCAGAAGGGAUCUGUAAUUUUGUAUAUGCUAGUACAGACCGCUAAAAAUGUCCCUUUUUUUUUUGUUUUUGUUUAUAAGCUUAUUUAAUUCUAGGACUUACAUCUAGUGGGAGCCAUUGCAGUUUGAGUGGUACCAUCAUUGUACUAAAUUAGUGUAAAGAAAAUUUUGGGAUAAACCAGUUUCCACUUGUUGUAUAUGGAUGAGAGUGAUUGACCCAUUUUCUAGCC